AUGUGGCCCCAUAAGAAAGGAUUAGGGAUACGACUAAGUUAUGGAAUACAGGGCAAUGCAACCAUACAACAUGAGUCAGAUAAUAACACCAUAUCUGCGGUGUUUCCACGACAGAAUACUCAGUCACCUCUAGCUCCAUCAUCACCAAUACAGCUUGUUCCACCACAGAUCAAGAUCAACGAUAACCCCAGUACAGUUUCGAGCAAAGGAUUUCCUUCUAACCACAGUUAUGUACCACAGAAUCUUGUACUGUCAUUUGCAAUCGAGUCAACUACGGUUUCGUCAACCAUUUCCUACGAUCCAACCCAUGGCGAUAUUGUUAAUUUUAUAAAUAUUAGUAACAAACCAGUAAUGGUCCAUGUAACAGGAGAAACAGAGUCCAUACUUACAUUCUCAGAUUUCGAUCUGUCAUUUCCAGUAGAGUUGACUUUUCCCAUACGACAAAUCACAAGUAAAGUGUUGCAUGAUGGAACGACAUUCAUAAUUAGAACUCCAACGAGGAUAUACGUCAUUACAGCCACACUUCCCAAACCAACCAUAGGUAAUAUAAAUCUAUCUGUAAUUGGGGAAAUCAAUGUGAAGGAUCUAGCUAACUGCGAAUUUGCAGAUGUUGUGUUUGGUUCCAGGUACCAAUUUGCAAUUGUUGACAUUCAUGGCAAUUUUGCCGUGUAUACUGUUAUAAGAAAACACCCGGGUAUCUCUCUUUCUUUCAAACAUAUACUGAGUCAUGAUGUUACUGAACUAUCCAAAUGGAAGAGAAUAGCAUUUGUUGAAGAUACAGUGGUUACUCUUUCGCGAUCAAAGUUGAUUAGCUAUACAAUACCUAAGGCAGUAAGUACAGAUGUAAUCACAGCCAACACCUGGUCUAGACUUCGUGAUAUAUGCACAUUUCAAGAUAAUACCUUCUUGCUAACUACGAAAGAAUUAAUCUGGUUUAAUGACAAAUGGGAAAGAUUACUUUCCUGGAAACAUUUCCUUGAUGAUUCCGAUCCUUCGCUACGUGUUCACAUAUAUUGUGAGGACAAUACAUUUACUUGUAUGUUAUUUACUCAAACCAACCCGUUAAUUAUUGUAUACACUUUAGGAAGAGUCAACGAUAAACCCUCCAGUUUGUGUGAUCCUUACUAUAUACGAAAACUGGGAGAAACCAGACAAAUAAGCGUAAACAUAAGCAAUGGAAAACUAUAUCAACUAAACACAGACUUGUCUAUAUCUUGUCAAAGCAUUCAAGACACAAACAUCCAAUCCAAACUUGAUUCCGAGCUGACCUUCAUUUCAAAACUCAAUACGCAGCAAAUAUUCAAAUCAUUCACUCCAAAACAUAUAAAAUCUCUUUCAAAAGCAUUAACCCCGACCAGUUCCACCAGUGAAACCCAACAAAUUCACAAAUAUGCAUAUAGUCUUGGACUGGAAUUAGCCAAUGCAGAACCAUCACCAUCAUACUUCUCAUUGUACGACUUGUGUUCUGAUGUGCCUUCCGUGUCUGACUUGCUUGAUCUCGAUGAUAUGAUUGUUCAAUUGGAAAGUUCGGUUGAUAACUUCAAAGUGGUUUCCCUCAUUCAUAAGCUACUUCAAAAGUAUAAUGGGAAUGGAAGUCAUAUUGAUGAUAUAGCUAGUCUACUCGAUAAAAUAUAUGGUGGAAAGCAUCAAGAAGUUGCUGUAUUACUAGGAACCUCAAAUAUCAAAUGUCAAAGCAAAACAGCAACAAAGCUCUUGGAGCAGGAGUAUGAACAAAAGCAUGAGCUGAUGUCAAAACAAGUCAGACUGAUAUUUGACGAAUGGGAAGAUCAUGGAACACAACAUGAACAGGAAAAGCCUUCGCAAGAGGUGUAUUCACACUCACAAGUGGAAGCUCCUUCGAUUCGUGCAUCCCAUCCUCUUUCUCAAGUAGUAACUGCCUCCCAAUCCUCUCAACGGAAAUCACGCCCAUCAAGUCAACGUCUUUCUCAACCGAAAAAGAAGAAAAAGAGGGGGUUCUAA